CGCUCUGUUAGCACGAAGCAAAACCGGAAGACUUCGACGUGCCGUCCUACGACUUGAGAGCCGUAGAUGCUGAGAUGCUCCUGAAGCAAGAGUUCUCUCUCUGGCCCUAACAGAAAGAACUACGCUUCCCAGCAUUCCGUGCAAAGGGUAGCGCCUUCAGCUGUAACUUUCCAGACUGGGGGCUGUCCGAUGUUCCAGGGUAUCAAGUUUCUUCCUUUUGCUAAUCAGCGUCAUCUUCGCUGUUUGAGGGGAAGCAGCCACCGGUCGUUCUUGUAGGUGUCUGUAUCUCCGCGAAGGGGUCUUUUUGGCUUCCAGUCUCCGCUGAAGGAAUCCAGUAUGGAAGCUGUGUCAUGUAAUAACUCAGAUGAACCUCCCACUUCUGCCAUCCUGUUGGACAACCGCAUCUUCAAUCAGGUCAUCUUUACAAAUAUAGAGAAAUACUAUGUCCCUGGAGCAGAUAUAACUUGCCAUUAUAACCUUUCUCAGCAUAUCACACCACGCAAGAAGGACUGGGUGGGCAUAUUCAGGGUGGGGUGGAAGACAGCUCGCGAAUACUACACAUUUGUGUGGGCGCCUUUGCCAAGCAACCCCGACAGUGGUGAGGACGAACUUCAGGAGGUGCUCUUUAAAGCCUACUAUCUGCCAAAGGAUGACGAAUAUUACCAGUUUUGUUAUGUGGACCAAGAUGGCCUUGUCCGUGGAGCCAGUGUCCCUUUCCAGUUCCAUGUAGAGGCUGAGGACGACAUGUUGGUAGUUACUACGCAGGGGGAAGUGGAGGAGAUUGAACAACAAAACACAGCCUUGCUUCAGGAAAACCAGAAACUGAAGGAAAACCUUGUAAGUCUCCAGAAGCAGAAUGAGGACCUACAGGAGAAACUCAAGGCAGCAGAGGAGAAAGCAAAGCAGCUUGAGGAUGAAGUCCAUUUGCUGCAGACUGGGACCAUGGAGCUUCAGAGAGCUCAGAACCUUCAGGCUUUAGAGAUGGCUGAAGUUACAGAGAAUAACAUGAAACUGCAAAAGGAAAAUGAGGAUCUGCAAAGGAACUUGGAUACUUUAAGGAGCAGCAAUGAAAAACUCAAUUUAGAAGUGAAUCUUCUCAAAAAGAAAUUUGCACCUCUGGAAAGGCAGAACAGCUCCAUUGAAACAGAAUUGUCCGAAGUCAAGGAGCAGAAUAAAAAGGUGUUGUCUGAAAAGGAAGAGCUGGAAAAGAAGCUGAGAACCAGCCUGAGUUGUGUGGAUCAACUUCAGCAAAAUUUGGAGAAGAAACUGGAGGAGAAAACACUUUCACUUCAGACCCUGCAGAAGGAAAAGGAUGAAAUCGAAAAGGAGAAUCAGAGAUUAAGGCGGGAGAAUGAGGAACUGAUGGCACACCUUCCUGAAAUUAUAGAUAAUAUACCAGAUGGGGUCCUAACCCAGUCACCAGAAAAUCCAGUCCUUGUGUAUGGGAAUCCAUAUUCUGCAAACCCAGCAAUUCCUGAGACAGACUUGGUCUCCAUGAGAAAAUGUCCCAUGUGCAAUGAAGUAUUUCCUAAUGACAUUGGGGAGCAGCACUAUUCGGAUCAUGUGCAGAGCCACCUUCUGGAGUGCCCGUACUGUGACAAGAGCUUUGACAAAUCCAACAAGCAAGUGUAUGACGACCAUGUCUUCUGCCAUGGCUUAGACUAAGUUUCUACGUACUUUCAUCAGCUACAAUGGAUAGUGCCUCUUUCUCUCCCUUUUACCCCUUUAUUCUUUUUUAUGUGACAGAGACUGGCACAGAAUGAUUUCUGUAGGAAGUCUGCUGCUGUUAAACUUGGCAUGCCAGGGUAAAACCUGUUGUUGGGACUGCAGUGUCGAUCAAUUCCUUCCUUUUAUUAUGCAAACCUGUUUAAAUUACAUAUGCACUAUGCUUCUGCUGUGGAAAAGGGUACAUAUUUCCUGACUAAGUAUGUCCUUCAACUGCUUAAAACGUGUUAUAGGUUAUGUCAAAGGGAGGAGUCGUUCUUUCCCCCCACCCUGGCAUGCAUUUUAUUACAGUGAACUGUGAUUUUCUUACUAUAUGUUUGUAAUUGACAGAGAUCUCUCCAGCUUAAGAGAUUUGUUUUGUUAACAUAGUUUGGCUAGCUGUGUAACCUAUAGAAAUUCCACCUUUGAUUGCUUUGUAUUCAGUUCACAUUAAAGGGUGGGGAUAAGCAUGAAAAAACCCAUAAGCGGUAGCAGCCUUGCUCGCCUUUGUGUUGUUUUUACACAAGUAAGAAGACAGGAAUGUCUGUGCCCACCUCUGUUGCAUCAGAUCUUGGAGGCAGUGCUCCUGAAAGGUAGAGUUCAGAAAAAAGGGCCAUGGAUAUUGUUUUGACUGAAGUUCUAGACAAGGGCCUAGUGUCCAGAAUAGAAGCAUGAUGCAUAACUGAAAAUUAAGCCAGUAUGUCUCAAGCCUUCAAAAAGCCGCUUCACAGAUACUACUGCCAUAGUCAAUGACUAGGAUGCUCAAGGGGGUGUAGUUUGAGAAACAAAAGAGGAAUGGGUGGUGGGCCAGCAUUUCAUAAUCACCACCCCACACACCCAUAAUUCCCCAAAGUGGCCAGCCAGCAAGUUCGGUAGCCACAGGAUCACUUUCUGCAUGCAUCUUUUGUUUCUAGGUCGCCAACUGGGAAAAGAGUGGCAGUUGGCAUCCCUGAGAGGAAUCAGAUUCACAGCAGUAGGGUGGUGACUCCAGUUCCUGCCCGUUACACUAUCGGCAGAGUUCACCAAGCAGUCAAGAACUGUUGGAAUAGGCAAACUUGCAUGUUCCCUUGUAAAAGGGAGAUGUUCCCUUUAGAGGAUAUUUGGGAAAUAUCCCAUGUACCUGUUUACCAUGAUGUAACAAGAACAGCAUGUCUUACACAGUUUAUCUGAGGUGAAUUGUGCUCAAAACAGUGAUGGCAUCAGGAAAAAAAUAUUGGCAUAGAAGAGGGCAAAAAGGAGCAUAGUGGAUUGGGGGGCAAGCGCUACUUGUGAUAAGUUUUUGUUUGUUUAGGAAGAUCCUAACGCACUUACAUCUUGCAACAAGAGUCUGACCUUAAAAACACAUUUGCUCAGAAAUAAAUCCCAGUGAUUUUAGUGGGCUUUACUUCCAAGUAAGUAUUCUUUGGAAAUGCAGACUCUGGUGCCACAUAUGCCUCUAAGCCUGCGAGACAAAGCCUGUCUGUACAUGUCCUCCCCAUGGAAUAAAGAACUUGGGGGAGAGGGGGAUUGGAACAGUCAUUAAGUAAAAAUUAACAGUGAUAUUCAGUGGUAGUCCUCAGAAGCAGACCCGUUGAUGUUAGUAGGCUUGACAAAAUUAAUUUCACUGGGUCCACUCUGAGUAGGUCUUAAAUUGAAUGCAAUCCUCAAGAGUUGAAACUCUGCUAAUACAGAACAUGUAAUAUGUAAGCUACAUUGUUAUUUUCUGUAUUUACUCUGUUUUCUUCACCUUGUUCUGCCAGGCUGUGAGGCAAUAGCUGUUUCUCAGGCUGCUUUGAAACCUCCUGUCUAUUUAGCCCAUGGGAUGUAAGGCUCAGGACUUCAAAGCAGUUCUGUUUUAAGAAUUUUUUUAAUCCUCUUAAGAUCUACUGCCUCUAAUUGGUAACUCAGGAAUCAAAGUAACAGCAUAAAAAACAUUUUAAUGGAACAGAAUCUUUGUGUCUUCAUUGCUGUUUGGGAACUUGCUAGGCUUGGCCCAGACUUUGAUUCUCUCAUUUUAAAGAAUCUGUGUUCAGCCCAUAUUCCUGAUGUUUAGAACUGAACCAGUCUGUAGAAUUCUUGUUGCAUUCCUUGAGAAAUACAAUUUGAUGUUGAUGUUGACAUGUUCUCCUAUACAAGACCAAAAGCUGUAACAUGGUGAAUUACCUACUGUGUACUGAUUACUGAUAAACAUCUAAUGUUGUUGGGGAAUCUAUUUUGAGUUUUAAUAGCAUUCUGUUUUCAACUACACUUGAUAAUUGCUUUUUAAGAGGAUGGUAUGUUGACAUUUCUUCCAGUGCUGAAAAACUAAAGUUGUAUUGGUCAGCCUCCUGUAGUUUAAUAAGUGGACUUGGUCUCUUGUCUUAUUUCAAGGCAGUCACCGGCUAACUUUUUCCUUUAGAUUCUAUUGGUUAGAAUAUGAGAGAGAACUGAACAUAAGAAGAGUUCUGUUAAAUCAGGCCAAAGGUUAUCCUAAUCUCCAUGGGAAGCCUGCAAGCAGAACCUGAGUGCAACAACACUGUCCCCGCCUGGAAUUACCAGCAAGUGGUAUUCAGAGGCAUACCAGUGCAUGAUUCAUUUUAUUUAUUUAAUUUAUUUUUUCAGUUUGCCAGGCACUCUGGGCUCCUUCAGGAAAAAGGAUGGGAUGUAAACACAUCAAUAAUAUAUAUUUUUUAAUUCUAAAAACAGGCCAAAAACAUUAUCUCAACCAGUGAUUUCCGAGUUGCCAGGGACAGUAACUUUCAGUCAUCAAAUGCUCAGGUGGACAGGAAUGUUUUUAAAUUCCUCCUGAAAGUCAAUAAUGAGGGAGACAAAUGCACCUCACCAGGGGUGCAUUUGACAAACGGAGCUGUCAGUGAAAAGGCCCUGUCACAGGUCAAUGACAACUGGGCAGUCCUCCUAACACCUCGCUGCCACUCCUUACCUGCCUCCCCUGCUUGAAAUGACCAAUUUACCAUGCCUAAUCCAACUCUGAUUAUUGACAGAAAACCAUCCUAGGGUUACAAAGAUGUACAAGAACAGCGAGGGAGCUAAAUGUGUACUUAGCAGAGUAGAUAGAAUGGCUAUAUCCACAUUCAGAGUUUCUGAGAGCAAAACAGUUGGGGAGAUUAAAUCAAUAGCUUUCAAAAUAAAGAACUGAAAUCUGGUUUCUCAUACACAGUCUAUGAACCCCAUUUCUUAAAGUGCUGACAGCCCUAAAGCUUUUUAUACCAUGUUUAAGGCAGACUCAGGAGAAAUAGUAAAUAUUAAGAUAUUUUAAUAAGCAGUAUUUAAAAAUUAUUCCAGUUUUAUUAAUUGUUGCUAGGUAACAUUUAUAGAUUGCUUUUCAGUUAAAGAAAUGUAAAGUGGUUUGCAAAACUGUCAACUUUUAAAAC